GAUUUAACACCAGUUCGAAGAACAUCUGAAAUAGUUCGUUUAGCUACAAAUAUGUUUGGUGGUUUUGCAAUGCUUCUAUGGGCUGACAUAGUUGAAAUUCAUCGUGGUAAUCGUAUUCCGGUUGAUAUUCGAAUAAUUCGUGCUCAUGGUCUUAAAGUAGAUAAUUCAUCAUUAACAGGUGAAUCUGAACCACAAGCUCGAAGAAUUGAAUAUACAAGUGAUGAUAUAUUAGAAACAAGAAAUUUAACUUUUUUUUGUAUAAUUGUUGCUCAAGUACCUGAAGGUCUUCUAGCGACAGUGACUGUGAAAAAUUUGGAAGCUAUUGAAACUGUUGGUUCAACAACAGUUAUUUGUGCUGAUAAAACAGGAACAUUAACACAAAAUCAAAUGUCUGUUGUACAUAUGUGGUUCGAUAAUCAUAUUAUUGAUUGUGAUAUUGACAAUGCAUUAGCACGAUAUGCUAGUUUAUGUAAUACAGCUACAUUUAAAGAUAAUUCAAGUAAUCGUUCAAGACCAAUUAUUCAACGAGAAUGUGAAGGAGGUGAUGCAAGUGAAAUAGCUAUUCUUAAAUAUAUGGAGGCUAUUAUAAGUAAUGUUUCACAUUAUCGUUCAAAAAAUGCAAAACUAUGUGAAGUUCAAUUUUCAUCAUCGAAUCGUUAUCAAUUAUCAAUUCAUUCAACAUAUGAUCAAGAUGAACGAUAUUUACUUGUUAUGAAAGGAGCAUCAAAAACAAUUCUUAAAAAUUGUUCAACUGUAUAUGUUGAUGGUUGUGAAAUUGAAUUUAAUAAAUUUUGGAAAAGACAAUAUGAAGCUGCAUUCAAUGAAUUAAGUAAAAAAAAAAAAAAAAAAAACUAA